AUGGGACGUUUGAUUAGUAAGUUCUUCAUAUAUGAGAGUGUUCCGCCCAAUAAAGCAGACUCUCACCACUUCAAGAACAUGAUUGUUGGUGCACAACAAGCAGGUAUGGGCAUAGAACCACCGUCUCCUUAUGAAAUCAAACACAAGUAUUUGGAUAUGGAGUACAAAGACAUGGAAGCUUAUGUCAAUAUUCAAAGAGAAAAGUGGAAGACUUAUGGAUGCACGAUUAUGUGUGGCGGAUGGACUAGGCCCACGAAAUUAAGCAUAAUUAAUUUCAUGGUAUAUUCAAAAGGUAGCACAAUCUUCCUCAAAUAUGUUGAUGCAUCAAAUAAUAUAAGGGACAACAAAUACAUAUAUGGUUUGUUGAAAGAUGUGAUCAAGGAAGUUAGGAAACAAAAUGUGGUACAAAUAGUUACAGAUAAUGGGUCGACAUUCCUGAAGGCGGGGAAGUUGUUAAUGAAGAAAUACAAUCUUUAUUGGACUUCGCGUGCAGCACAUUGCAUCGACUUAAUGUUCGAAGACAUCGAUAAAAGGACGAGUAUUGCAGGUGUGAUUACAAAGGCUCGAAAGAUAACCAACUUCAUUUAUAACCAUAGUUGGUUAGUUGCGCAGAUGCGGAAGGUGUGUGGUAGAGACAUAGUUCGUCCUGGAGCAACAAGAUUUGCAACCAAUUAUAUGACUCUCGACAGUCUUUUGAAAAAGAAAGCAAACUUGAAGAAAGUGUUUAUCAGUGAUGAAUUGGCACAACACAACUUAAGUCGCUCAUUAAUUGGCAAAGAAGUUGAAUCACUUAUGUUUGACCAUGCGUAUUGGGAGAGAGUGGGAAAGCUAGUGUCAAUAUAUGAGGCGUUAUACACGGUUCUUCGCAUUAUCGAUUCAAAAGUUAUUCCUACAAUGCCAUUUGUGUACAAAUUGAUUCGAGUUAUGAAAGAGAACCUCAUUCGACUUAAUGCUAAAGAAUGGGUGUUAGAAAUAAUUGCAGAUUGUUGGGAUAGAACUCUUAAACAUCCUCUUCAUACAGCAGAUCCUACAUCAGAAGGUCUUAGUCAAUUUGGAAAUGAGAUUAUACUAUUCCGAGAUGCAAAAAGAGGAUUCGGUGAUCGAGAAGCGAUUGCUUCGAGGUCAAAAAUGGUUCCCGAGGAGAAGAGACCAAUGAUGGCUACGGCCCUAGAAAUGAUGAAGGGGGUGUUAGACAACAACAACAAAGUGGACAACCGUUGGCAUUUACUUGUGAAGAUGAUUUCACACAUUAUACUCAAGAUGAAGACCACGACUCUAGAAGAGCCGGUCCAGGUGUUGGAGCCAUUGGAAAGCCAUAUAGAGGAAGACAAUGAAGGAUGA